UUAAAAGAAGGACAUUCCUUCUUUGCAGAGUUUUCGUUUACAUCAUCUUAGUGCUUUGAGUUUAUAUAAAUCAGAUUACUAACUUUGGAUUUUUUCAUUCUGUCUGUUCACUUCUUAACUUUUUAAUGUUAAUCAGGGAGAACCAUGAUGUUCUUGAGUUGAAGAUGUACUAAGAUAUGUUCCUAAAAUUCAGCAAAAUAUGGUUUUGAAUGUGUAUCUAUUAUUAUAGCCAAAUAAGAAAAACGUUUAUAACUGUAAACCUUGGCUUAUAUUAGUAAGGAGUACUAUUGGUAAUGGUGAUGAAAAAAGAAAUUAUGCCAGCUUUUGAGAGUAAUUCUUUGUAAUGAUAAUUUAUUAGGUUGGUUUCCUGGAGAAAAUAACAGAACAGUUGGUCAAUCUGGAAUAUAGUGUUGCCUUGGUAACUAAUGAGAAUGCAAAGAAACCAACCAAUCAUGGAACAUACAAAAAUCUAAGGCCCUGAACAGGUUAAAUAUCAACUCCAGGCACCAAAUACAGAAACAUCUGCCAGUACAUCUGGCUGUACCAACUCCCUUGGUGGCUUGCCAUGACAUUGUAUAUCUGACCAAAGAGUCAUAGAAAAUACCUUGUGACCAGACACAGAAAAUGUAUUUUUAUCAGACUGAAAAUAGAAGCCUGAAAUUGUAUAUAUCCAAAUGGUAUUCCACAUCACAAGUUUUUGGACUGAGCUGUAUGUUUGAGGCCCUAGGUUUAAAUCCCAAUGCUGGAAAAAAAAAUAUAUGUGCCUAAUUGAGAAUAAUUUAAGGCUAUUUUAAUGAUAGUGGAGGUCAGAUCAAAUGAUAUAGAAACAUUGCAGUCUACCUAUCCUCUCACUGAUUUCCUUUAUUGUUUUGAGACACAGUUUCACUACAUAGCUCUGGCUAUCCUGGAACUGACUAUGUGGACCAGGCUGGCUUUGCCCUGUCUUGGGCCAAAGCAGCUUUAUUCAUUAACCAAUAAAACAACACAUAUACAGAAAGACUUCCCAUACCAUUCCCCCUUUUCUGUCCAAAUAAAAAGAAAGGUUUUAACUUUAACAUAGUAAGAGUACAUAUAAAAAACAGGUAUCAAGCAAGAAUUGCAGUUACAAUAUUUAUAACUAAGGAAAACUAUCACUAUCUCUUCUUCAAUUCCAUCAAAGACCCCAGAAGGACAUAAUAUUUUCUAAGUAAACAGGAAGUGCAUUGUUAGCAACUGGACAGUCACCCAAAGUUCUUUUUUUUUUAUUCUUUUUUUUAAUAUUUAUUUAUUUAUUUAUUUAUUAUGUAUACAAUAUUCUGUCUGUGUGUAUGCCUGCAGGCCAGAAGAGGGCACCAGAUCUCAUUACAGAUGGUUGUGAGCCACCAUGUGGUUGCCGGGAAUUUAACUCAGGACCUUUGGAAGAGCAGCCAGUGCUCUUAAGCUCUGAGCCAUCUCUCCAGCCCCCCAAAGUUCUUUUGUAACAUUGGGGCAUCCAUCUUUUGCCUACAGGCCCAUAGUAUCCUGCAGACUUUUCCAUGAAGCAGGCCAUUUCAGAGACAGUUCUGCUUAGAUUGGCAGUUUGUCAUUCACUUUCUUUUGUGUCUGGCACACUCUUUUAUGUAGCAGGAACCCUGAAGGACUGUCUCACUUUUAGGCCAGUUCAAUCAUUUUUCUGUGGGUCCUGUAUGUCCAGGUUGUGUAGCAUACCAUCAAGUAGUCCAGGCAAGAGCCAUUUCUUGCCCAAAUGGCUGAUAAACUCUAUAAGGAGUCUCUUCGAUGCCUAUCAUCUUCUUGAAGUAGAUUGGUGCUGCCAGGAGCAGAUUUGUCUCAUUGUCAUGAAAAGUCCUAAGUUCUUUAAACAUUUUAAAUGCCAUAUUCUGUUAAGUCUUUGAAAGGUUUGAAGGAUACCUAUCCAUCUGAAAUAUGUCUCUAUACAUCUAGAAAACCUAACUAACGAGACUACCAGCUUGACUAUUAUAGAUGGCCAUCUAUUAACUGUAUUUCUUAAUUAUUUAUUACAUUUUAAAAUGAACUGCACAAACACCAUACCUUAAGAGCAGAAAUAUACAUAUAAUAAAAUUGACCUUAAGUUUGUAUCAAUAAACCAAGAUCCAUAGUGAUGCAAAGUGUCUGUCUCUAUAGCACACCUCUACUUCCACAGCACUUUUAUAGAAACUGUUUUAUUAUUCAUCUACCUCUGUCCUGGUCACCCACAUGGCAGGUGUGGUAUGUCUCCUUCCCUCCCUAGGAGCACUCAGGAAAAGAUUACCAUGUAGUUCAUAAGUCUACAGGAAGGAAAAGAGUUUUGUGAAAUGCUAAAGGACUAAUGUUUGAGGCCAUCUUAUGCUAAUGAGUCCCUGUUUCAAAAAAAUAUUAAACUAUUUUUCUUUGCUAGUAAAGGAAAUAUUAAAAAUAGAGAGCCAGACCUGACCAUGGUGAUGAAUAUGGUUAACUCCAGUAUUUGGAAAACUUGAAGAUACUUAUUACCAGCCAAUAUGGGCUGUGCAGUAAUACCCUGUUUUACAAGUAAGUAAGUUGGGCAGGUAUGGUGGCACAUAUUUUUAAUCCUAACAUUCUGGAGGUAGGAGCAGGCCAAUUCUGUGAGUUCUAGGCCAGCCUGCAGACCAGCCAGGACUGUGUAGUAAGACCUUGUGUAAGCCUGGAGGGAAGCUAGGUAGUAAAUAAAUAAUAAACUUUAAAAGGAAGAAAUAGGGAGGUAGCUCACUCAGAAAGUGUUUGCCUUGAAUGCAUAAAGUCCUGAAUUUGAUCCCCAGAACCUGUAGACUGUAGAAAGAUUAGCAAGAUGGGAUAGGCCUGUAAUUUCAGUGUUAUGGAGGCAGAAGCAGGAGGAUAUUGGAGCUCCGUCACUGCUCAACUGGUCUAACCUAACUGGUAACCUUCCAUCCAGUGAGAGCCCAUCUCAAAAGAGGUAGUUGGUGUUCUCCAAAUGAUGUGCUAUUUUCCUUUACCCUCCAGGCAUAUUCAUAUAUAUCAAUGCACAGAUAAUUUUUUUAAAAAGAAUUUGGGUGGGGAUUUGUCUAAGUGGAAGAACAUUUGCCUGGCAUAUGCAGGACCCUCUGUUUGAUACUAGUACCAAGUUGACGGGACUUUUUCAAAAAGUAUGUCAUCCAGUAAAUAACGUGAACUCUUAGUCAGUGGUAUAGGAAGGUGGUGCUCAGAAAUGAGGCCUCAGGUUUCCCAUUAUAUUUUCACCUUUUGGUUGUGGGCAAAAUACUUUUUACCCCCUUUUGGACACUCUUUCUGUAAAAUGAGGGGAACAGGUUAUAGGAGCUGUUCAGCAUCCUGUAUACACAUUUCAGUGUCCUUACAGAACUGUCUUUAUUGUAUAUUUUGGAUUCGGCAAAUGGGAUAUUUUUUUUUAGGCAGUUGGGUUUUGAGAGUUAGCUGUUUUAUCCUCUUUCCAUUAAUACAACAUUGAAAUUAAGUUUUAAAUGCGUGAUAGCCAUUAUGUGCCCUCCCCCCUCCUUUUGUACUAGUUGGGAAAGCCUAGGUAAACAGGAUAAAAGUAAAAAUAAUUGGGAUUCAGGAGCAAGUUUCCAUGCCACUUUUUUCUAUCGGCAUCUAGUAGCCAACUCAUGGCCACUGUGUUCAGACAUGCUGCUACCUCCCUGUCAUGGGGCAACAGGGCUAUUGGAUGUACUGGUCCCUAGAACCUCAAGUUUAAAAUCCUCAUAGGCUCUGAGUUCUGUGACACUGGUAGCCCAGAGACAAGAGGAACCACAGAAUUCAGCGUAUCAAGCUUGCAUAUAAGGGAUGCACAGGGACUUGAGAAAUGCUGUACAUCGCUCAUCUUUGCUCUCAAAGGUAGAAUGGGUUUUUUGUUUUCUUUUGAAUUGAAGCAGAGUUUUAAGUUCUAGGCUGGUCUCCCAACUUCAGCUGCCUGAAUCCUUAGAACCACAGGGAUAAUACACAAACCACCACCACUGCCGUCAUCAUUUUUACUCUUAGGAAAGUCCUUCUUUAGGAUUGUGAUGGACUUUUUCACAGAAUCAUGUGUUAGGACAGGAAGUGAAUUAUAAGCCAGACAACAAAAUCAGUUUUGCUCCAAGCAAUGCACUAUACAACAGUUUUAUAGUAUAAAGUGGUCUCUCCCAGUCUAGAAAUUUUGUUGUGUGAUCACUCAGCCCUAAAUAUAUGGUUUGUAAGCUACAAAGGAAGCUCUGCCUGCACUAAAUGGGAGCAGUGGGGAACAAGCAGUAGGAAGUAGUAGUUUUUGUCUAGAGUGUUUGCAUAGUCAGUCCCUAGGAAGUGCAGGAUAGGUACAGGAGGGAGCACCCAGCUUAUGCAAGGAACCAAGUAGUAGAAAGAGAAUGAAAGCACAAGUGUGAUAUGCAUUUGCACUUAGUGUUUUGUUAUUGGAAUGCGUGUCCAAAAGCCUUGUGCACUGGUGUUUUUGUGAGAGGGUUUCAUUUUUGUAACCCAGGCUGGCCUCAGAGUCCCACUGAUUUAUUUGCAUCUGCCUCCUCAGUACUAGGGUUAAAGUUGUGCACCCCCAAGCCUGGCAUACUAAUGUCUUUAAGCCCUUCAUUCAACUCCCAGUACGGGCACCCCUAGAACUCAUGGGUCUUUGGAAAUCCUACCCAAGUCAGCUUUUGAAUUUUAUAAAGAAACCAAAUUAGAGACAGUUUGGCUGACAGUUUUGAAAAAGCCUUAUCAUUGGAAUUUGAUCCCUAGAACCCACAUGGCUGAAGGGAACCAUCUCCUGAAAGUUAAUCUUUGACUUCUGUGGUGAGUGCUGACUUCUGUGGUGAGUGCACAUACAUUAAAUGAAUAGAGUGAAGGGAAAUGGGAGCGGGCCAGUGAGCUGAGAGGAAAGGCAUCUUCUCACAACCACAAGUAGUUCUGGAAAGAAUUGGAUCAGCUGCUGUGACAGCAAAUCCACCCACGUUCUGUCUCAAUUUCACAUUAAGGUGCAAAUCUGAGCAAUUCCCUGGAGUUAUUCUUCAGGGCUUAUAGCUGAGGAUCAGCAAAUGAGCCUUGCUUACUUUUAAAACAGUUUUUUGAGUGGGUGCAUUUAACUGCUAGGCAUAGAAUCAGCUAAGUGGAUGUGUGGGUACACGUGUAUCUAUAUCAGUGAAAACUGCAAUAAUUACUAUCCUCAGUGCCUGGAUUGGCACCAUACCAUAUUUUAAAUUAUAGGGCUAAACAGAGUGCUAGCUAGCAGGAAAUUAUAUUUACAGAUUAACAAACAGUGGCAUUCUUUUUCUUUUUGUUCAUUCUUCCUUUUCACACCUGGUAAGUACAUUUAGCACUCAACUGCGUGAGGAAAAAGGGGAUUGCGAGGAAUACAGAGCUUACCAUGAGUCCUUGGAGCUUGCUGUGAUGUCACUGCAAACUCCGUGUGAACGUGGGUGGUGUGAGAGCUCUGAGUGAGUGGGGGAGCAGUGGAAUAGACGAUGUUGCUCCCAGACAAGCAGCCAGCCUCUCUCACUGCUGCGUGAGACCAGCGCUCCAAAGGCAAGCCUUUAGAGUACAGAAUGGACUCCCCCAAAGAAAUCAGUCAGACUGGAUUUGAAUGGCAGAGGACAGAGGGUAAACUGAAUGAAAUCGGGCUGAAUGUCGGCAUGGAUGGGCAGCUGAAAGAAGCGCUUGUGAAGAAUACCAGCUUCCUGGAGCAGAAUAAUAAGCUCUGCUAUUUUGAGGGGAAGCUAGACAAAGAACUCAACAUCGAAGAGCCUAACAAGGCGUAUCAAGCCACCUCCGGUCACCUUGAGAGCAGGUAUGUGAUUUCAGAAACCUGCCAUCCCUCAGAGGGCUUAGCACACCAGAAGACAGCUGAGUUCCCUCUGGGACUCACGGAUGGGCAAGACAAAGCCUCUAUAGUUCAGGGGAAGGUGGCGGGGAAGAAUGGACUAGACACCAAAAGCCAGCCAGAUCUGAAUUUUCCUGGGGCUGCUGAUACCCUCGCUCAGUACAGUAAGGAGCAGGAAACCAGUGCUUGGAACCCCAACUUUCACUCCGUGACUCAGAGCCCUCAGGUCUCAAGGGCUGCAACUACAGGAAAAGAGGAGAAUGGCUUUAUCUCCAGCUGCCCAGCAAUUGGGGUGAUGAACGAUACCUCCGAGCAGCCUAACAAUCAGUCCUCGCUGCCGGUAGCUAUUACCCACCCCGCCCCCAUUAUUGAGCGUUUGCCCGCCAGCAGUCCACCAGUCACUACGGUGGAAUUCACUCAGGAUAAUUUGAAUGCAGGCUUUUACGGCCCAGGCCAGAAUAAGGAGUUGGAGAAAUUGAGUUCUACAGAGGAGGGACCUAUGCUUGACCAAGCCCCCCAGCAGAAAAAAGCAAUGCGUAGAGCCCUGUCUGAGUGUUACCACCUCUCAGUGCCCCCGGCUGUGAACCUUGCUGACAAGUACCCUGAGCUACCUUUCCGAGAGGAGCUUCCUUCUGGUGUGCUUCCUCCCAUCAGCAGCCCAAUGCCAAGCCCUGUGCCCAGGAAACUGGGAGUGCCUGCCAUGAGGCGCUCCAUGACUGUGGCUGAGGAGCAGUCAGCUAGUUGCAGGCUGAGUACUGGGGAACUGCCCCGCUUGCCUGAUUCAGAGGUACCCACUCAUUUAACCUCCGAGGAACCAGUGGCCAAGAAGAGAGAAGAACUGAUCCUCAGCCAGGACAACAGCAGCUCUGGGAAGAAGGAACCGGACAAUACUGGGGUCUAUCUCCCCAGUAAGCUGGAACAGAUUCCUGAAGGAAGCAGCAAGGAAAGAGAGCAGGAAGAUACUAGUGAGGCAAGAGUUGAUUCAUGUUCCGUCAUCUGCCAGGGAAGUGAGAAACAGCCAGGACAGACAGCUCUGUCAGGGAAGAAAGAAAUUGAGGUCACUGCAACCCAGAGCACUCCAUUGUUGCUGUGCGAAGAGACCCCACGUGAUGGUAUGUUUCUAAAUUCUGCCUCCACUGGGAACAAGCAGACAGUGAGGAAGGAGCCAAAGCGAUAGGUUACUGACAGGAGCAUCAGCAGCUCAUUACUCCUGGUGGGAUUGCCUGGGGGAAAGCUUAAUUCCCUUGUUGGACGCUUGCUGGGAGUGAGGCAAAAGAGAACAAAGUGAAUCUGGCUGUGUCAGUCCGAAUGUCUGACUGGAUGUGGACUGGCUAGGUUGGCAAUGGGUUGGGGGCAGGAGUGGUGGACAUUUAAAAACUAGAACUGCUUAACAUCACACUACCCUCCCUAUCCCAUCCCCCAUCUUCCCACCCCUCUGAUCCUGUUGGUUUGAACCAGAUGAUUCUUGAGCUCAGAUCGUCCCACUGCCAUUGAUUGAUUUACUUGUUUGAAAAAAACCUAUCACUUUGUUUAGAUUCACAGUGGGUUCAUCAGUACUAACCUCCUUUAAGUUGCACAGUUUGGGUGGAAGCUGUUUUCCCUUCUGCUUUGGAGGAUGUUUUACUUUUUGUUAAAGUUAAAAAGGGACAUUUUAUACCUGACUGUUUUAAUAUUCUCCCCCUGUCCUUUAUGUUUGACUGUAUCAUGCUUCUAGUUUUCUCUUUGUGCAUGUAUUUUGAGGGUUUAUAGGAAGAAGAAGAAAGGAAAUUGAGGAGAGGAGAGACUUGUGACCCAGUAAGAGGCUGAGCUGCCUGGCUCUUUGUGCCGGCCUUCUGUGCUCUCUUCAGUGCCUUUUCUUUCCUUCCACCCCCACUGCUGGCAUUGUUGGUGGUCUAAAAAAAACGCUGGCUUUUUCCUGGAUUUAGUUUGACCACAAAGGACCUUGGUUCACAAGGAUGUUAAUGGGAACUUAAAAGACGUGUUUUUGUUUAAGUAAGCACUUUUCCUAGGACCCAUUCUCAAUAUUCUCUUGAAUACAUUUUCAUGAGAUCUUUAAAAUAAUUGGGGUGGGCAUGUAUCAUGACUUUUGGGCAGAAUCCAGUCUUUCCAUCUUUACUUGAGUUUAUGGGAUUGAACUCUAGGUUUGUCAGACUUGUGUGACAAGCACUUUUAUCUGAGGAACCAUCUCAGGACAUUAGCAAGUUUUUUGUCUUUAUUUUAAAUGGACUAGGCAGAAAAGCUUGUGUUUCUUCUGUGGUCUCUUAUAUACAGAAUUAUAAGAAUCCAGGUGUCCUGGGCUUUUGCAAACUUGUAGCAAUAACAGGACUUAGAAAGUCCUGGUCGAAAAGAUCCUCUCAUCUGUCAUUUGAGCCCCAGAAACCCAUGACGGCCAUGUCAUGGAGAGUUAGUACUGUAGACCUUCUAGUUGGUAGUGAGUGAAGACUUGAUUCCUUUCCCCUUUCAAUUGUGUCCCCCCACCCUUUUUUUUCCUCCUCCUUUUGGUAGAAGAGAUUAAGUUUCAGGCACAUACAUACUAGGCAUGGCUUCGUAAAUUACCAAAACUAUUGAAUUCAGUAUGUGACACUGACUGUAAUCCUCUUCCAAGCCGGGCAGGAUAGUGACUUGUAAAAAUUUUGUUAGUUUUAGAACAAGCUUUAUAGUUCCCACUAAUAAAGUUCAUGUUGGCAGGAAAAACCAUUCUAAAUGACUGACAAAUGCACUAACUCCUUCACCUAUGAAUGUCUGAAUCCUGGCCCUAAGCUUUGAAGGGUAAUUGGUUAAUAUGCCUACCGUUUGUCAAUCACUGUCUGGGCACCAGAAAUUGUCACUGUCCUUAAGCAACUAAACCACCUAGUCAAGGGCUUGGUGGGAUUGUGACUCAUGAAACGUUUUUUAGGGGAAGACAUUUAAUCCUGGGUUUUUAAAAAUAGAAUUGCUGACAGUUCAGAGGUAAAAAGUUGCAGAUAAAGGAACCCAUGUAAACAAAGGCUUGAGGCCAGUACUGGGUGUGGAGGUGCAUACCUCUAAUCCCAGCACUUGAGAGACUGAGGCAGGAGGAUUUCUAUUAGUUCAGAAUGAUUGCCUAGCAAAGAGAGAAGCAGUGGGAAGGAGAAAGUAGUUCAAAACCAAGAUGGCCUUGUUCAUUUUAAAGACUAUUUAUAUUUAGGGCAUAGAAGACUCUGGAAACCAACUCAAGGAUGCGUACAUUCAGGCUGUAGCUAAUGUGUAUCGCUAGGGAUUCUCUGUUGUUCCCAGUACAUAAGCUCCUUUUCUGCCUGUCUGAGAAUUAUUUUGUUGUCAUCUAGGGGGGGGGGAAAUGGGGAAAAUACUUAGAAAUGGAUAUCUUCAAGUCUUCUAAGUACUGAAAAAUGUCUUGAUUGCUAACUACUGUGUUCCCUGCCAUUGGACAGCAAACAGCCCAGCCCAAAGUCGUUUACAUCAGGAUAUUGCCCUGUUCAUAGUAGGUGGGGUGAACUGGAAGAGGUUAAACAAUUGUAUUUCCACCAUGAUGAUUGAUGCAGGAAGUUUAGUGACUCAGGAGUCUGAGGCAGGGGGAUGGCAAAUUUAAGGCCAUCCUGUGUUACAGAAAAUCAAACUUUCGUAGUAAAACAGUUCUAUUGUGAAUCUCAGUUUCUAUGGAAUAGUGCAGUGGGUUCCCAGUGAUGUUUCUUUAUUUCUUCUGUAUCCCCGGAGAGGCCUGCACCUAGAAUUCUAGCAAGCUCGGCGAUAGUAGUAGUAAGAAGGAGAAGAGAAUGAAAUAGACAGGUUCAGUCUCACAGAAGGACUAGAAAGGGCUGAUGAGACAGUGAGGCAGACACCUAAAAUGGUCACCUGACCUCCAUAUGUACACCUUGGUACCCCCUAUCAUAUACACGCAAAAUAAAUUGGGUGUUUGUUUUUGAUAAGAAGAAAGAAAGUCUAGUAAAAUCCUAGUUGAAACCCUGUUUUCCUCCAUAUACCCAGAAUUGGGCAAUCUGCCUGUGAUGGUAGAGGUUCUGACACAUGGUUGCAUUCUCAGCAGAAGCAGCUGUUGACCUGACCCAUUCACAGUGGGUAGCAGUUGCAGGGAGGCCCACCCAUCCCCUGUCAUCACCAAGUAAUCGUGUUAUGGAUAUCUAUGAGCUACUUGUCUGACAGUCCUUUCUACCCAGAGGCCAGUUUUGAGGGUUUUUCCUACCUCCUUCCCAGCAGCAGAACAAGACCAAAUAGAACAGCAGCCCACCCCGCAUGCCAGAGAACAGUCCAGGAGCUGCUUUCUUGUUCCCAGGAGGGAGUACAUUGUUACUUAGCUCCUACCUAGUACUAGGAAUGUUCAGUAACCCAAGGAAUUGCUUUCAGUUCUUCAAGCAAUAGCAAUGUGGAUUGAGAGCCUCAGUAGGGCCGAAAGGACACAGCAGGUCAGAAUUUAUUGCUAGGGCUCUAAAUACUAAAUUCCACUUGAACUUAGCCAGAACCUACAUGCUAAAUAUAGGAGAGUGAUUGCCUGCUCCAAUACAGUAUUAGAAUUUUAAAGCAGACAUCAAAAAGUUGUUUUAACACAGUUACAAGUUUUCUUAAAAAAACAAAACAAAGCCCAAUGAGAUGUCUUACUUAGUAAAUAAAGACAUUGCUAACAACCUGAGCUCUGUCCCUGGCACACACAAGGUGGAAGGAGAGAACCAGUACCCGUAGGUUGUCACCUGACCUCCCUCCAGGCACACAGUGGCGUGCAUGAGCUAGCACUCUCAUCCCACAGUGUGCACCAAAAAGAAAAGUCGUAAAGUAUUUUCAGAGCCACUUUACUACAUUUAUUUACUUGGGGAUUUGAGCAUUUGGGCAGUUGUGAGCAUCAUGUGGUAACCACAGGACAACUUGAAGGACUCCAUUCUCUCCUUCCAUCAGAUGUUCCUGGGGAUUGUACUCAGGUUGUUGGGUUUCAGGGCAUAUGAUUUUAUCUAUUAAGCCAUUUUUCAGGCCCCUAAGGUUUUUGGGUUUUUUGUUGUUGUUGUUGUUGUUGUUUUUCGAGACAGGGUUUCUCUGUAGUUUUGGUGCUUGCCCUGGAACUAGCUCUUGUAGACCAGGCUGGCCUUGAACUCAGAGAUCUGUCUGCCUCUGCCUCCAGAGUGCUGGUAUUAAAGGCCUGUGCCACCACCGCCCAGCCUCCCUAAAGAUUUUUUAAUAUUUAUUUAUUAUGUAUACAGUGUUCUGCCUGUACACUAAAAGAGAGAAUCAGAUCUCAUUACAGAUGGUUGAAGAGCAGCCAGUGCUCUUAACCUCUGAGCCAUCUCUCCAGGUCCUGAAAAUGGUUUUAAAUAAAAUUUAAAAAGAAAAAGGAGGGGUUGGGGAUUUAGCUCAGUGGUAGAGUGCUUGCCUAGCGAGCACAAGGCCCUGGGUUCGGUCCUCAGCUUCAGAAAGAAAAAAAAAAGACAAAAGAAAAAAAAGAAAAAGGAAAAUUAAAAAAAUCUCAAAAGUUAUUAAAAAAUGACCAAAUGUUAAUUGUACAUCUUAUAAAAUUUUGUCAGCAUGGCAGUACACAUUUGUAAUCCCAGGACUCAGGAGACCACAUAUUCCAGGUUUUCCUGCUGAAAUAGUGAGUUCAAAGACAACCUGCCCUACAGAAUUGAAACCUUUUCUCGCUAAGAGAAAGAAAGAAGAAAUUAAAACAAGGGGCUGGAGAGAUGAUUUAAUGGUUAAGAGCACUGGCUGCUCUUCCAGGGGUUCUGAGUUAAAUUCCCAGCACUCACAUGGUGGCUCAUAACUGUCUAUAAGUGUUUUCCCGUGGGCUCAGAUGCCCUCUUCUGGUGUGCAGACUUACAAGCAGACAAAACACACAUAUACAUCAUAGAGAUAAAUAUAUAUGUUUAAAAAUUUAAAACAGUAAAAAUGGGGUGCAGUCAGCAAAUCAAAGGUAGGGAUGGAUGUAUAUAGCUCAGCAGUAGAACACUGGUGCUGGGUUCCAUCCUUAAGGGUUAUCAGUGAAUUUGGCAAAAUGAGUAGAAAUUAUUCAGUUCAAUCAUGUGAAUAAUAGUGAAGAAUGACUGGAAAAGAAUAGCAGAUUCUCGGAAGGGCAAGGCUUAAUAAUGAAAAAACCUGGGCAUUGAUCGCUGCUACCCUCAGAGUCUAGAGCAGAAAGAGGGUGUGAAACUCAA